UUCCGGCGGCGCGCUGACGCCACGCGUCCCGCGCCUCUUCGCGCCUGCGCCGUGGUUGGAAGGUCGUCCCUGUGACCGGCUUGGCGGUUGGAGCAGCUGUCGCCAUGUUGUCGGUCGCAGCCCGCUCGGGCCCGUUCGCGCCCGUCCUGUCGGCCACGUCCCGCGGGGUGGCGGGCGCGCUGCGGCCCUUGGUGCAGGCCGCGGUGCCCGCCACCCCGGAGCCCCCUGUGGUGGACCUGAAGCGGCCCUUCCUCAGCCGGGAGUCGCUGAGCGGCCAGGCCGUGCGCCGGCCUUUGGUCGCCUCCGUGGGCCUCAAUGUCCCUGCCUCUGUUUGUUAUUCUCACACAGACGUCAAGGUGCCUGAUUUCUAUGACUACCGCCGCCCUGAAGUUUUAGAUAGUACGAAGUCUUCCAGAGAGAGCAGCGAGGCUAGGAAAGGUUUCUCCUAUAUGGUAACUGCAGUAACUACUGUGGGUGUUGCAUAUGCUGCCAAGAAUGCCGUCACCCAGUUCGUUUCCAGCAUGAGUGCUUCUGCUGAUGUGUUGGCCAUGGCGAAAAUCGAAAUCAAGUUAUCCGAUAUUCCAGAAGGCAAGAACAUGGCUUUCAAAUGGAGAGGCAAACCCCUGUUUGUGCGUCAUAGAACCCAGAAGGAAAUUGAGCAGGAAGCUGCAGUUGAAUUGUCCCAGUUGAGGGACCCACAGCAUGAUCUAGAUCGAGUAAAGAAACCUGAAUGGGUUAUCCUGAUAGGUGUUUGCACUCAUCUUGGUUGUGUACCCAUUGCAAAUGCAGGAGAUUUUGGUGGUUAUUACUGCCCUUGCCAUGGGUCACAUUAUGAUGCAUCUGGCAGGAUCAGAUUGGGCCCUGCUCCUCUGAACCUUGAAGUCCCCACGUAUGAGUUUACCAGUGACGAUAUGGUGGUUGUUGGUUAGAGACUUGGACUCAAGUCAUAGGCUUCUUUCAGUCUUUAUGUCACCUUAGAAGACUUAUUUGAGAGCAAGCCUUCUGUACUUGAAGUUGAUUUGAAAUAUGUAAGAAUUGAUGUAUUUGCAAACAUUAAUGUGAAGUAAAUUGAAUUUAAUGUUGAAUACUUUCAAGCAUUCACUUAAUAAAGCCACUGUUAAGCAUUGUUAUGCUCAGUCAUACACUUGAAAGGUACAAUGUCUUUUAGCUAAUUCUAAUUAAAAAUUACAGACUGGUGUACAAUAUACUUGUGAAAUCUGUAACUGACUUUAUCUAUUUGCCCAAAUAUUUGCUUCCUGCUUUGCGUCACGGACACAGAUUCUGCAAAGCUCAUUGUUGGGAUGAAGUAAAAUAAACGUGUCAUCUCUAAGUCCUGGGAGGUAUCUAUGGCAUUGACAGAAACAGUAGUAUCUAGGUAUUUCUUAUUCACCGGACUUGGUAAGAGUACUCGCUAUGCGUUUCCUCCCUACUGUGUAAGCUGUAUGAUAAUGUCAGCUCUAAUCUGUGGGGAAGAGUCCUGAAUGAGGCAUUAGUAGCUCUGAGGGUUUAUCUUCAGGUCUGGUCUGCUGGUUUUUCUCCUUAAGUGACAAGCCAGGAAAUUUUAUUAGUCUCUUAUGAGUGUAAAUUAAUACUUAAAAAUCAUUUAGUCUUAAUAGGCAGUGAUGGGAUAUUAUCUGAGAGAAGCUUUCCAAAAUCAGAGUGCACUGCCAUUUCUUUCAUUUCGUGUGUGGAUCGUUAUGUCCCCAAAGCUCCUGCAUCCACUCUAUCAGGAGGCAGAAAGGGAGCAUCUGAGACCUAACAUUGCCUGCAUGCAGAAGUGGUCCUGCUGGGUUUGUUUCUGUAGUGAUGACACAAUGUUUUUUCCUGUUGGGUUUACAGUUACUCAGCACUUUUCACUGUAAGAUGGUGUGGAACCAGAUGCAGAGCACAUCAGAAUUCACAUCCUAUUUUCUUCUGCCUCCAAUUAUGCAGGUGAAACAAGACUCAGGUCCACUUUCUCCUGGGAUAUGGGAGUGGGCUUUGUCCUUUGAGAAUCACAGCCACUUUUUGAUGCAUUUGUCUUUACUGUUUGGAGGUGGGCCAGUCAUAUGCUUUACUGAGUCCACCUGAUGAUCUCAUGUACACUUUUUUAAAAUUGCAAAAGUGGUUAGGUUAGGUCUGCCCACAGGGAACUGACCAUCCAGGAUUGCAGUCUUUGAUGUUAAUAGCUAUGUGUUGACAGAAAAAAGAAAAUGUCAAACUUUCUAUGCUUAUGAGUAGAUACUAGUCUUUGCUUCAUUUUUACCAUUCUAGAAAUGAAAUUAGCCUGGGUGAUAAUCGGUGGGACACAGAAGUAUUUUAUAUUCUGUGUCUCUAGGUAGUGGAGGCACUCUUUGGAUUGGGGGUUGGAGGAGGGGUUGGUGGCAAGAGUUGGAAUGUGAAACAUUGAGUUGUGAGGGGAACACAGGUCCACACACUAAAAAACUUGUGCUGCUAAAAAUGUCAACAGCAUCCCUCCCUAUAAAUACUGAUACCCCUUAUCACCUCCCACCUCGAAGUGAUACCUUGAAAUUCUAUAUGGCAGUGGAGGACAGAAGUAGGAAGUUUGCAGGUCCCUAAGGUACUCAGUGCCAGAAUUGCUGUAUUUGGUGGCUGCUUGCUUCAUCUAUCAUAUUUAGAGUUGGAUGGUGGGAUGCUGUUAAAUCCUAGUAGCCCAUUUAGUUUUUAAAGAAGGCUUUGUUCCACAAGUGACAGGACAAGUCAAAUCACUUCAUGCUACUUUGCUGAAUGGAUACGGCAGCCCUGUGUUAACGUUUUUACCAUUCUGUGAAAACAAAAUCGUAGAUAUUAGGGAGAAAUGACUUAUAGAAUAAACCUGACCAGUCAGCAGCCUGA